CAAACCGUUCCACUUUCCAAAACCCUAUGACUACUUCCUUGCUUUUCUUCUGCUUUCUACUCUCCACCAUCUCUGUGAUAACCACAGGUGUUGUUACAGAUGGGAAUGGAACAGGAACACAACUAAUAAUUGUAAACAACUGCAAAGAGAGUGUAUGGCCAGGAAUUCUCAGCAAUGGAGGACAACCUUCAAUUAAAGGAGGUGGAUUCCACCUUCCAAGCGGCGAACAAGUUGUUCUCCAUCUCCCUAACCAUUGGGCCGGUCGAAUCUGGGGGAGACAAGGCUGCUGUUUCGACGAAACAACCGGAAAAGGCACGUGUCAAACCGGAGACUGUGGAGGCCAAUUGAAAUGCAAGGGAACUGGCGGUGUUCCUCCAGCUACACUUGUUGAAAUGACACUUGGAACCUCAGAAUCACCUUUGCAUUACUAUGAUGUUAGUUUAGUUGACGGUUUUAACCUUCCUAUGUCAAUGAAGGCUGUUGGUCUUGGUGUUGGUGGUGGUUGUGGUGAUGCUUCUUGUGGAGCUGAUUUGAACGGUUGUUGUCCUUCUUCACUUGUUGUCAAACAUGAUGGGAAAGUUGUGGGGUGUAAAAGUGCUUGUUUGGCUACAAAAUCUGAUAAGUAUUGUUGCACUGGUGAAUUUGCUGAUCCAAAAAGUUGCAAACCAACUAUGUUUGCUCGUGUUUUUAAGAGUGUUUGUCCUCGUGCUUAUACUUACGCUUAUGAUGAUUCAACUGGGCUUAUGUCUUGUUUGGCAAAUCGGUAUGCCAUUACAUUUUGUCCUCCAUGAUGUUUUGUUUUUUAGUAGUCUUUUGGUCUUUAUUCUUCUGAUAUGUCAUUGAGACAUUUUUUGUUUUUGCAAUUUUAAGGUUAGUGAUUUGUAGGGUUAUGUCGUCUGGAAUUUUGAGUUUGUCAUGUAAGAUGUUCAAUUAUUUAAAUUGUUAGAUUGAGCACCUAGCAUUGAUAUUUAUAUACGUUCAAGAGUUCAUU